GGGUUCGCUGAUGAUCUUGUUCAGAAUUACUGAUGCGUUUUACGCAGUUGACUGUGUUGGAAGGACACCGAAGACCUGACCUUGUAAAAACGAACCUCGUUCAUGCAAGCAGGAGAAAGAAACGAAGGGCCGCCCGUCCGCUGCUGCCAGGCUGUCGGUCGAGUCGACAGAUGCUUCGAUGCAGCGUCGCUUUCUCAAUGUUGCCACUUGCGGGACGCUGUCGAGUCUCAACGCUAGCGGUGUUCUCGAACACUGUCCGCCCUUGAAUUCGCUUCGCCUGAGGCGAAGCACAUGCCAUAGGACGGAGUGACUAGCUCACCAGAAUCAUUUUGGCGUGGCGUGGCGUGGCUUAUGAUGUUGACACUUCUGAUGUGUUCUUUGGUAGCAAUGGCGAUGACUUUUGCCCGCAGGCACCGUAGGUUUCUCCCGUGAAGCGAUUGGCCUCUCGUUUGAUAGUGGGCUCGACUGCUUCUCUGCAAACAGAGUCUUUAAACAGUUGUUUGAACUGAUUUCGAACUUGGACGUCAACACCUGUUUUUUCAUCAAGCCUGGAGCAUAUUAGCCAGAAUCUCGAACUUGCUUGAUCUCUUGUCCGCACAUGUCGGAUUUAUUUCAACUUGCAGACAUCCGAAGAAAUCAACAAUGAGAAUCCAAGGAACAGAUUGCGAAGUUGUGGCAUCUUUCAAGCCGAAUGUCUCUGUGGUCAGAAGAGUGAUUUAGCAGUUUCCGAGGGGUAUCUAUCUUUAUCAACGGAAACAUAGGUCGGAAGACAUUGGAAUCCCAUUGGAAAACACAAGCCACGAUGUUUCUCUAUCUGAGCAAAAAAAUAAGUAUGCCCAAUGGGACGAAACUAAAAGCCUUGGCAUGGAAUUCACAGCAGGGCUGGCUUGCCUGCGGUGGUGAGCAGGGUCUACUUAAGGUCUUGAUGUUGGAUACAGGGAGUGCGAUAGAAGAGAACAAACAGAGAUCUACGAUGCCAACAGCAUCCAAUUUAUCUAUGAAUCAAACUCUAGAGGGUCAUCACGGUACAGUUGUGGCUGUCGCUUGGAAUCAAAACUACCGUAAACUUACCACCAGCGACGAACAAGGUCUCGUGAUUGUCUGGGUUCUUCACAAGGGAAUGUGGUUUGAAGAAAUGAUCAACAACCGGAACAAGAGUGUAGUGAAAGACUUGCGAUGGUCAUCUGAUGGACAAAAGAUAUGCAUUGCAUACGAAGAUGGUCAAGUUGUUAUGGGCAAUGUAGAUGGAAACAGACUCUGGGGCAAGGAUGUAAAUGCCCAACUCUGCCUUGUGGAGUGGUCACCUGAUGGGAGGCUCAUUCUUUUCUGCACUACUCAGGGCACCUGUCUUAUAUACGAUUGCAACAGUAACUAUGUUGCAGAGCUUGUCAUUUGUUUUUUCAACAAAGGAACCGGCAUACGCAUUGUGGGAAUUGAUUGGUAUAAUGGGGUCGAAGGAUAUAACGACCCAACGGCACCUACACUGGCUCUUGCGCUUGCAAGUGGAAAACUUCAACUGAUGAGACACGAGCUGGAUGAAGAGCCUGUCUUGAUUGACACUCGAAUGACAACAAUCUGCAUCAAAUGGAGUCCUGAUGGUGAGGUUCUCGCCGUUGUAGGAUCUGAGGUUUCGGAUUCCGAUAUUCAAGGGUCGAUGGUUCAAUUAUAUUCAAACACAGGGAUACACCUACGCACUCUGCACGUGCCGGGGACCAAAACAAGUGCUUUGGCUUGGGAGGGUGGAGGGUUGAGACUGGCCCUUGCAGUGGACGCCUAUAUCUACCUUGCAAAUAUAAGGCCAGAGUACAAGAGAGCAUUCUUUGGCAGCAGCACAUGUGUCUAUGGAUACAAAAAAAGAGAUCAUGCUGAACAUUCAGUAAUGUUUUGGAAUAUCAGCACAAAUGAGAGGUACUGCAAAUAUGUGAAUCGCCUAGUUGCUGUAUCAGGAGGUGGGGAGCAUUGCGUUUUGGCCACCGUGGGAGAAAUACCAGAUCAGUACAUACUGAUCUUAUGCAACGCCAUCGGUAACCCCGUUGACUCCAAAAACAUCUCAGUGGAACCACUCUUCGUUACCAUGAAUUCUAGCUAUGUAUUCAUAGCCUCGGAAGACAAGAUUUUUGUAUGGAUGUAUAAGGGCACACAUGAGUCCCAAGCGUAUGGAGUAGAUCCCGUUAUUCUUCAGGAGCACAUCAUUCACAUUGAUGAUUUGCAACAUCCGCCAGAUCAGGAUAUCGAUGGAGAAACUCUCGAUAGCAGUACGGACCAAAUCUGUUGCAUUUGUUCUUCCGACAGAUAUUUGAUCGUGGGGAGAGAAUCUGGUAUACUACAUCGGUAUCACUUGCCAACAAUGUCGGAGACAAAAGGACUUCUGACAUGUAGACCUCAAGCUUUGGAACUCAAUUGCAACUCGAAUCGGCUGUCCGUCAUUGAUGUGAAUGGAGUUUUGAGUUUUUAUGAUAUGUUUGAAAAAAAGAGAGCUGAGGAGAUUUUGACACCGAGUUCAAAGCAUGCUUCAAUUUGUGAACGAGUAUCAGAUUUUGAGAGGAAAGAUGUGUGGGACAUGAAAUGGGCAGAUGACAAUCCUGAUUUACUUGCUGUUAUGGAGAAGACACGUAUGUAUAUAUUUCGGGGUACAGAUCCUGAAGAACCUGUUUCUUGUACAGCUUAUCUGUGCAAUUUCCAUAAUCUUCAAAUUCAAGCUGUCCAUUUAGAUGAGGUCAUGAGACAACCAGAGAAACUAGGAAAGGAGCAUGUUUUCAACUAUGAAACUAAAUCAUUGCGUGAUACCCGACAAAUGCUGAAAGCGGUUGAGAUUCAAGAUGCAUUUAUAUACGUCGAAGAUCACUCCCACCCGCGUUUGUGGAGAUCCCUCGCGGAAUAUGCUCUUGAGACAUUGGAUUUAUCUGUUGCUGAAAAGGCGUUUGUGAGAUGUGAAGAUUUCUAUGGCAUACAAUUUGUGAAGGGCCUUCACAUUAUCAAAGAAAGAAACAAGCAAAAGGCGGAGAUAUGUGUCUACUUCGAGAAAUUUGAUGCAGCUGAAAAGCUUUAUCUUGAGAUGGACCGAACUGACUUGGCCAUUGACUUGCGUAUAAAAAUGGGAGACUGGUUCAUAGUAGAAGCUUUGAUAAGUCGAGGAGCUGGAAAUGAUUCAUUGUUGGAGCUGACAUGGAACAAUAUUGGCAACUACUACGCUGAUCGACAAAAUUGGAGCAAGGCAGCAACAUAUUACGCAAAAGCUAAUAAUUGUGAGAAGUUAGCUGAGUGUUUCUAUGCCUUACAAAAUUGGUUGGACCUUGAGAGACUUAUGAACACCCUUCAUGAUGGUUCUCCUUUGCUAAUUGUCAUCGGACAAAAAUUUGCUAGUGUUGGCAUUUGCGAGCAUGCGGUUACAUGCUUUGUGAGAGGUGGGGAUGUGAAGGGUGCCAUCAAUUGUUGCAUGGAGCUAAAUUUUUGGCAGAAAGCAAUGGAACUUUCAAAGCUCCAUGACUGUGAAAAACUUGUCAGUGGAACACUUGCCAAAUACACCAGUUAUCUAUUGCAAUCUGGAAAUCCGCUGCAUGCUGUUGAGGUUUAUCAAAGAGCUGGAGAACAUCAACAAGCAGCAAAGAUUUUGACUAACUUGGCCAAAACAUGUGCCAAGAAAACGGGAAAUCCACUAGAAGCGAAGAAGCUGUUUGUGCUGGCAGCUUUUGAAGUUGAAGCAUAUAGGUCAUCGAUACUUGCCUCCAAGAACUGCAUGGAAGACAGCGAAGUCGUCAAUUCCAAGGCGGCCACAACCCUCGAAGGUCUUUUGCAGCAUGAUACAGUGGCAACUUCAGAAGCAAUUCUAGAUAAUGCAUGGCACGGGGCAGAAGGUUACCAUCUUUGGUUGCUAGCGCAACGGGAGCUAUAUGCCGGUCAUUACGAUCAAGCAAUGAAGAUUUCGUGGUGGCUACGGAAUUAUAACGAUAUCUUAAGUGAUGAAGAGAUCUACUCACUGAUCGCAUUGACGACUUUUUACAACAAGAAUUAUGCCCAUUGUAGUCAAGCAUUUGUGAAGCUGGAGUCAUUGAGGAACAUUCCACAGUCGAAGCAAGAGGAAAUAACGCAGAUGGCCUUGAACAUCUUCAGUCAGUAUCCACCCAUCAGUCCGAGCCAGGAUAGUACACGGUUUUGUGGGAAUUGUAAUGGUCCAAUCGAGGAACUCAGCACCAAAUGUCCAAAUGUAAACUGCCAAACACAUUUCAAGAUAUGCAUGGCCAGCGGAAAUUUAAUAUUGAGCGAAGAGCAUACUCAAUGCAUCACAUGCAAACACUGGAUUCUUUCUAUGAAGUUGAGAAGCUUUAAGCAUUGCCCUCUCUGUCACUCGCCCAUCGAACAAUCUGUAAUUGCUACGUAUCCCAAAAGCUUAAGGGUUUAGAUUUAGCAUGCUGAAGUUUGUAACUGAAAUAAAUUUUGAUGCAUGGGCUUUCUUCCUCUCCGGCUGUACUAUUCUUUUGCUUCUAAGUGAAAUAUCUGAGUCCGUGAAAAAUUCCAA